AUGUAUUGGUCUCCUUUAGUGGGCCAGUGCUUGCAAACUACUCCAGUUAACCAUCUCUACUCAGUACUAGAAAGCGCAAUUACUGUAGCCGCCCAAAGCUCAAAAAUGUAUCGUACUUUAUCCUCUUCACAUAUCCUCGCAACCCUAAAGCUUUACUGUGAUGAAAACGGCCUAAUCGUCAAUACCCUCAAGACAAAAAUAUUAGCAUGCAGAGCAUCAGGUAGAAUGAGCCGUAAACCUUACUCCUUUUUUUACAAAGGACAGAAGAUAGAAAUAGUUAAAUCUUGUAUGUACUUAGGCAUCCCGUUCACAACGUCUACUGCUGGUACCAUGGCUACCGAUAUGGCUGUAAAAAAAGCAAAAAUUGCUUCUAAUGUUGUCCUAAACACGCUAUCCAAACUCAAAUCUGAUACUUGGAAUAGUAAAAUAAAAAUAUUUAAUAGCAUGGUGAAAUCUACACUAACUUAUCAGGCGCACAUCUGGGGCUUAAAUCAAAAUUUGCUGGAUAAACUAGAAUCCGCCCAUUUAUACUUCUUUAAACGUCUCUUCUCCUUACCAAAGUGCACUCCAAAUUACGCGCUGCGGUUAGAACUUGGACUAGAGCAUAUUUUGGUUCAAGUAAUUAAAAAUGCAUGCCGGUGGAUUAUACGCGUCCUGAAAAUGCCUGAUUCGCGCCUUCCAAAAAUAUGCCUACUCAGGCUCUGUGAAUCCCAAUCUUACAGUGAAGAAAAGUUCAACUGGUUAUUGCGCCUGAGAGCUCUGCUAAAGCCAAUCAACGAAGAUUCUAUGCUGGAUAACUUAUCACUUUCGGUCUGGCUGAAUCGUACAGAAAUCAUAGUUAACAAGUACAAACUAUACUGCAGGCAGCUCGAUGCCAAUAGAUACGCUCAAUCCAGCAUAUUACAAUUAACUCGUACAUCUCUCUGGCCUCCUGCUCGUCUUCUGCAUAUUUGCCCUCAUAAUCUUGCAAAGUCUAAAAUCCAGCUAAGAUUAGCCUGCACUCUCGCGUUUAAUAUAUCGAUCAAUCGCACAAUCUACAGAUUCAAGCCAGACAAAAUCUGUACACAAUGUCAUCGCUUCCAAGAGGAAACUGUAAUACAUCUCUUAGCGGAAUGCCCAUGUUAUGAACGUUUGAGACUAAAGUACCUGCAACAGUGGAUCAUUGAUGAAGACAAUUACAACCUUCUCACAAUUCUCGAAGAAGACUCACUAAAUUCUACAAAAGCACUAUUCUCUUUUCUAACCGAUGUAGUCAAACUAAGAAAUAACAACUCCUCUCCCUUAAAUACCUAA